AUGGCGGUAGUUUUACAACACGAUUCAUAUGAAAAACAUUCAGAUUAGUGAUUAUCUUCUGAAUAAAUGGAAUUGCCACACCAAGGAAUAUGGAGGGACCUAAACGACUCGACUUUACAACUGUUGGACCCGUGGGGACCGAACAAAAGAAGGCCCCGACCCCGAAAACAUUCCGUUUAGUACUGGACUUGAGUGAUUCCACGGAUACUACUUGUCCGGAGUUUUUCUAUUCGGAGUUAGUGAAACCGUCGUCGGAUGCCAAUAAAAGCAUUGUCAAUAAAAGCAUCAACAACAAUCCAGAUGACCCAUUUGGAGAUGAUGAUGAAGAAAAGAUGCAAGCAAUUGCAAAAUCUUUUGAGGAUAAGUACAAUAAACAAGACGGUAAAAAGAAAAAGAAGAAGAAAUGGCGAGACCAUGACUACCUUGCCUACCUGGGGGACGGAUAUGAUGAGUCAGACACUUUCAUUGACAAUUCAGAGGCUUAUGAUGAGUUGCUGCCAGAGACUAUGACCACGAAACUUGGUGGGUUCUACAUAAACUCGGGCAAACUAGACCUCAAAGAGAUGUCUGACAAUUCUGAGGAUGAAUUCCUGUCUCCACAACCAGUCAAGAAAAACAAGAAAAGGAGGAUAUCGUCUGAUGAGGACUCUGAUGGGGAACAGAAAAUUAAGAAGAAGAAGAUAAAGGACACGCUGACAGUGGAUGGGGAUGUGAAGAAGAAGAAGAAAAAGAAGCUGAUUGUGCCACCUGGGGAGAAACCCUUCAAGAAACCAAAACUCCUCAAAGAAAACAAAAAUGGGAAGCAGUCUGCAGUCAGUGCCCUGAUAAAAUCAACGUCUCCUAACAUGAAUGGCGAAAGGCCAGUAGAGAAUGGCUUCUCAAACCCAUCUGAGAACGGUGAAGGUCAAAGUCACCUGAAGUCUAACAUCUCCAUGGUGAUAGAAUCUGUGGUUGCCAUGGCAACACAGGACGACUCAAAUAGCCAGGAUGUAGAGGAGCCGAAGAAAGUUGUUGAUCCGGAGAGCAUUCCAAACCUUCCAGAUAACCUGCCCAGUGGCAUGGAGGCCAAACUCAAUGAAUUGAAGAUUCUCUCCAAAGAUGCUGGAAAAGUGAAGUUCUUUACAGCUGGUGUCAACAAACUGUUGCUCGAAGUGGAAAUAAUGUCGAAGCAGAUGUCAACGAGUCAACGGUCAGCCAUGUUUGGUCACCUGGCGGCAUACCUGCCAUGUAGCAAGGAUACCCUGCUGAAACGUGCCCGCUCACUUCGGGCUAAGGAGUUAGAGGACAAGAUUAAAGCACCCAUGGAGAGACUCAAACAAGCCGUGAACAGAAUUAUGCCAGGAUUGCUCGAAAAAUAUGAGGAAGAAUGCAAGAAAGUGGCCAUUGAAAGGCAAGAGGAGAGUAUGAGAGAGUCCGGUAAAGAGGAGACGGAGGAGGGGGGGACAGAGGACGAUGAAGAGAAAACCAGCCAAUCAGAGAGCAGCAAGAAACGCGUGCCUGGGCCUCGCAAACACUUCACCUGGGACAGUGAAACCAGGUCUGCCCUCUGUGAUGUGGUCCGUGUGAAGAUGAAUGCAUACUCCAUAUGCAAGCCCAAGUCCCAGUCGGCAGAGGAGUUUUGCAAGGCUUUCCUGGAAACAGAAGUUCGACCCAUCUGGUUGAAGGGAUGGAUGCAGACUAGGGUUCUCUUCAAGGAGAGCAAGUCCGCACACAGUAUCUGGACAAAUCCACAAAAGACAAAGAAGUUGACAGUGCUAGGCAAGAAGACAUUCACAUCCCCGUCCAUGGGCGGGAAUACUCCCAGCCCCGGCUGUAACAUGUCCAUGUCGAGUGACGGGGGGUCAAUCAAAGCUCCCAGUGUUACUGUUACUAAGAUCACCCCUGGGUCAGGCAGUCUGAAGUCUGCAGUAGGGGCUGCCAAUGUAAAGCAGGUGGUUCAUACACCGAACACUCCAAUGUUACCUCCGAAAAAGGCUGUUCCUACCUUAUUGGAUUAUGCACAAGGAACGUCGAAUAGUGGUGGUGCUUCAAAUAGCAUGUCCAUGACAGAUAAGUCAAAUUCCAAAUCGAUCGGUCAAGGACCUCAUGUUGAAAUGAUUAAAAUUAUAAACCCAAAGCUUACUGGUAGUUCACAGAAAUCCAGUGAUAAUAAAACGUGGGACCAUAAAGCUUCAGAUAUACUUAGGUCCUCCAUGGCUAGUGAAGUGAAUAAAACUUCCCCACAGAAACCAAUUGUUCAGAGACAGAACUCAAACUCGAUCUCAACUUCUCAAGCUGCUAAUAGCUACCUUGCUCAAUUUGCAAACUUUGCCAAUGCUCCGAUAGCAUUGUUAAAAUCCUCAAAUAACUCUGGAAGUAAUUCAAAUAGUGAUGUGAUAAACUUGUCCACAAAAACUGACCACCAGUAUUACCAGACACAGUUAGAAAUUGAGCGACAAAAACAGAUUCUGAAGCUAACAGCGGAACAGCGGCAAAUGAUUGAGAAAACUAAACAGUUGCAGCAGCAGCAGCAAAAGCAGCAACAGGCAGCUAAAAAUGUUAUAACUGUUAGUCGGCCAUCAGGAAAUGUCAGCCAUAGCAGCUUGCAAAACAAUAAAUCGCCUUCUCAAAGUCCAAUGAGCCUGGCAAUGUCUAAAAACAUUCCUUCAAGCCAAGGGGCUUCAAAAACUACUCCCAAGCAACUUGCCAGUCAAUUUUCAAAAUACUCCGAGCAAUUAAUUCGUCAGCAGCUUUCUGACAGUGGUAACAUGUCGAUGAAUGAACGACAGGGUAAAAUGUUAUCCCCGACUGAUCCUCUCAGGAAAACGUCCCCACAGGCUCAGCAAGUGAGGACGGUUCAGCCAAUUUCUCAGGUUAACCACUCAGCAAAACCACAGCAGAUGCCCCAUCUUCAAAGCCAUGGACAUAUUCAGGGAGCCGCACAUGCCAAACCGGUCGUUACCGACGGUGGAGCAAAUAGUUCAGCAACCAGCUUGCUCAAGAGCCUUUUUGGCCAAAUGACAUCCAACCAAUCGAAACCUCAGUCUUUCCCCAGUACCCACUUAACUUCCCCUCAGCGACUGCAAGGAUCCACACUGCCAAAACCGGUGGUCAGUCCACAGAGCCAGAUUUCUCCGAAGCAAUGGAAUUCAGGUUCAUCGUCAGGGCAAAUGGCGCAAGCUACCUUUGCCAACUCAAUGGGCCAUCAGGCAAAGCAAGCAUAUAUCCAGGCAGUCUCAGGGAUGCAAGCCUAUCCUGCCAUGAAACUCUCCAGUGAACAACAGCAGGCUGCAUAUCAAGCACAGCAGCACAGAUUAACAAUGUUUGGAAAAAGUCCAACAGGGAUACACUCUCAGUUAUCUCCUGAAACGCAACAACAGUACAAAAACUUGACCCACUUUGGUUACCAUGGCUACCAAGAAGGACCGAAAUGACUAGAUAAAAACAAGGAUGGCAUCAUUAGCAGUGAACUGCAGAUUGCCAGAAACACCUAGCCACAUAGUCCAUCAAGAACAUCUAGAUUACAUUAACCACUAUAUCGUUGUCAAAUGUCUAGGCACAAACUAUAAUAAUAGCACGUUUCAUAACAGGUUAAAGGAAAACUCCAUGUUUAAAUCUCAUCGGGUAUAUACAGUUGAUUAUUACUCUACAUGUAUAUUGCUAUAGUUGUCAGUUUGAGGAUUUGCUUUCAUAUCUGUAGACUGUUAAUAUUUUGCAAGGUCCUUACUAUGCAUUUUAAGCUCGACUGAUUUGGGCUAUCGUGAUAGUCUUUGUGUCUUCAGCACAGGCAUGCUAAAACUUGAACCUUGGUCAUAACUCGAAAACUGUUCCAAGAUAUUCAUAUGAAACUUGGUACACAUGUUGCUUAUGUCAAUACACACAACAAUAAUAAUAGUAGCUUAAUAAUUUUGGAAUAAUGCCCCUUGUUUGAAAUGAAAGUAACGAGAGGAGUAUUUGCGUUCUCUCUGUGGAGCUGUCGUUUUAUAAUGCAAGGUUUAAAUUUGUAAAUGUAAAUCUAUUAGUAAAACAUAUUUUUGCACGAUUCUACAUUUAAGACGGGAUUGAUCAUAAUUGAAUUAUCUCCAGUGGCUAUCUGUUAAAGAAGUUUCGACUAUAAGUUUUUGAUACUCAGUUUGUCAUUUCCAAUUCCAUUGUUGUUAGAUCACAGAACAAGGCUUGUUUCCGUAAUAUACAAGUAGCAAUAUAUUACAAUGCAAAUUUGUGAAAUAAUUUCACUGAAGUGAAUGCCACAUUUGUAAGAGAUGCUGUAAGUUAUGAAUGCAGAAUGUGCUUUUUGCAAAUUAUAAAUCUAAAUAUUUUUACUGUGCUAAGUUAUUUCAUAAUUACAGAGUUAUGCAUGUUCAUGUUUUGAAGUAUUCCAUUUUAUAAUUUGGAUGUUAAUCAAAUCAUGUACAUAUCUAGUUGAAUAAACACUAAAAGUUUAA